UUAUUUUAAUAGUAUAAUGGCUCGUUUUUAUUAUCAAUGCAAUUUCGAUUUGAAAAACGAUAGUGGAUACGAUAAUGUUGAAUUAAAACCAUUCAUUUGUCCACCGGACAAAUAUUGUCCUUAUUGUUGUUGCAAUUGGCAGUGUUGUCUCGUAGUACAGAAACGUCCACCACGACACAUUUGGGAGACUUGGUACUUUUGGUUGGGCGUUGCAUUAUUGGCUGUUUUUAUUCUAAUUUCGGUGUGCAGCUACGUAGUCAGUAAUUAUAGGCAUAACGUUCAAGGUGUGCCGUUCCAACAUAAUGCACGUAUUAAUGAUAACGAACGAAACCAACGAGCAAAUCGUAAUAGGCCAACACAGAAUGAGGUGUCUAUAAGCAUAAUCCCAACAUCUGGAUUGUUACCAGGUCAUAAAAAAAUGGUCAUGAUUUCCACACAAAGUAAUAUAGCUCAUUUGAGUAAGUUAAUAUUUUUAAGAAAACACGUUAAACACAUUCUCGACAUUUUUAUUCGGUAUCGUUUAAUUAUUCAUCUAAUCAAUUCUAAUGCAUGGAGAAUUACCACGCGGAUUAUUGUUUAACUAUAGAUUUUAAUCAAGGUCAUCUAUUUUUUUUUCUUACUAUUGUUAACUCAUCGUUAGUUAAUAUCGAGAUUUUUAUUAACUGGUAAUUGCUACUCCGGUGGAUUAAGUAAAAAAAAAAGGAAAAAA